AUGUCAUCCCACCUGUCGGUGCGGGACGAGCGCCGAAGCCGAUCCAAAUCGCCCGGCGGGCGGGACCGCGACCGCUCACGGUCGCACUCGCGUGACAACCGCGAUCGGUCGCCUGCGAGGCCGGAUCGGAGGUCUAGCAAGUAUGACGAGAGUGAGAGUGAGAGCGAGGAGUCCGACUAUGAUCGUAGGCGGCGGGACAAGCGGUCGGGUGGUGGUGGGGGUCGGUACGAAGACGAUGAAGAAGACCGGCGGCGUGGUGGGAGUGGAAAGAAGAGCUCGAGACAUAAAGACAGUGACAGUGAGGAGGACGAAAGAUACAAGUCUCGAUCGUCGAAGUCAAGCAGGCGCGAUCCGUCCGUGUCUGAUGAUGACAGGAGGCACGAUCGACGCAGAGACAAAAAACGUUCAGAUUCAGACGAUGAUCGUAAGGGUGGUGGGAGGAGGGAACGAGACCGAGAUUGGGAGAGGGAAAAAGAGAAGGAGCGAGAUAGGGCAAAGCAUCGCAAGAAGCAAGCAUAUGAAAGUGAUUCGAGCUCGUCAGAGGAAGAGCCGGCCUCGCGCAAGUCCAAAGACCGUAAAGGAUCACAGCCAGCGGUGAAUGGCUACGGACAACCAGUAUACGGCUACCCGCCCGGCUAUGGUCCACCAAACGGCUACCCAGUUGAUCCACGAUUCGCUCCUCCGCCUGGACAGUAUAUGCCCCCACCAGAUGCAGGACAGCGAGCAGGCUCAUUCAGCGGUCCUCCGCCAAACUCACGCUAUGUUCCGCCUGGCUACUACGAUGACAGCCACCGGCAUCCGGAGGAGCGAGAGCGAGAGAGGGAGCGUGAGCGGCCGCGAAAAGACAAGCGCUACGAAGACGAUAGCUACGAUAGAAGAAGUUCCAAGGACGAUCGUCGUGAUCGUGACCAUGACAGGAGCGACGGUCGUCAUGACAGAGACCGCAGAGACAGGAAGUAUCACGACGACUCAUCAUCACCGGAGCUGGUCACAAAGAAGCUCGGCAAGCUCGCUGUUGGAGGUGCUGCUGGAGCUGCCACGCUUGGAGUUGGUCUGGGAGCAGCUCAGCAUGCUAUGGGAAAUGGCAAGCCUCCGGCAUCACCUCUACUUGAGGCGUAUAAGGGCACUUACCAGUCAAUCUCGCCCAUGCCAUCAGCGCUAGUUCUCAGCAAGCACAAAAACGACUCAGAUCUGUCGGAUUUCGAUCUUGACUCUGAUGACUCUCGCGAUGAGAACGCCGAUCUGAAGCGGAAGAUCAAAAAGCUUGAACAGGAAAAGGAGCGACACGCGAAGGAAGACCGUAAGAGGGAAGGCAAGAGAGACGAAAUCAUGGAGAUCUCGCCACGAUCCACAAGGGACGAUGAUCUUCAUGUCCACAGCAAAGGACCAAGAGGUCGAGCGGAUUCGGACGUUUCCACUAUGGUCAUAACUCCAGGAGGCGUCAGGAACAAGAAGAAAGUCAGCUUCUACGACGCGGAUGAUGAUGCGAAGAAGAUCGCUGCCGCACUGGAAGGAACUCACCGGCCGCCGCAUGUGAAGCCCUUGAUCCAGAUUCUGCCUGGACUUUCGGACGACGAUAUCAUGGCGCUUCGGUUGUCCUACAAGAACCACGCCAAAGUCGGCGGCCAAGGCAUCAACAUCGCCAAACACAUCAAGAUGCGCGUCCCAGGCAACCUCGGCAAAGCUGCUACGCCACGGCUUUGGGCCGCUGGGAGUCCGAAGCAUACUGGGCCAACAGCUGGUACCAAGGAGUCCCUCAUGGGCCGCAGCAACAGCGACAUCCGCGAGAUCAAGAAUUGCUUCAAGGACAAGCGCUAUGGCGACGAUCUUGAGCGUUGCAUGAAAGCCGAGCUGAAAGCUGACAAGUUCCGGACUGCAAUUCUGUUGGCGUUGGAGGAGAGACGGAUGCCGGAGUCCAAUCCUCUGAACUCGAAGCUGGUCAUGGAGGACUGCAGGGAGCUGUAUCGGAGUCUAGCAGGGGCCGGUGGGGAGAGCGCGAUGAUUUCCAUAAUUGUAGUGCGCAGCGACGCGCAUCUCAGGGAGGUGAUGAAGGCUUUUGAGAAGGCGUAUGAGGUCAAUUUCGCAAGGGCGAUGAUCGAGAAGUCAAGGAACUUGGUUGGCGAAACACUGGCACAUAUCCUGAAUGGCGCGCUAAAUCGGCCGAUGCGAGACGCGUUGUUGCUUCAUCAGGCGAUUGCGGAGACACAGCCAGGGAAGGAGCGGGCGGAGCUGUUGAUCAGUAGGCUUGUGCGGCUGCAUUGGGAGCCGAAGCAUUUGGAGAGAGUGAAGCAGCAGUACGAGAACAGGUAUGGUAGGAGUGUGGAAGGAGCGAUCAGAAAGGAAGUUCUGGCAGGCAUGAAGACGGAAGAAGGCAGGCAUUGGUCAGAGUUCUGUGUUGAGCUGGCUGCUAGUAGUGCUUGA